AUGCUGGCUGCCAGGACCUGCCUCUGCUUCCCAACAAGGACAUUACAACUGAAGGAUCAAGCUAAUCAUGUGAGACUUCUGCAGAGGCUGUCUUCUGCUACUACCUUAGCUGCAAGUCGCUCCUAUGCAAGUCACACAGAUGGGGGCAAUAAAGCUGUGCUCAUCACAGGAUGUGACUCGGGAUUUGGAUUUUCAAUAGCUAAGCAUCUACAUGAUAAAGGAUUCUCGGUAUUUGCUGGUUGCCUGCUCAAGGACAAGGGAGACGCUGGUGUGAAAGAACUCGACAAAAUGAAGAGUGAUAGAAUGAAGACAGUUCAGCUGAAUGUGGUAAAACAGGAAGAGAUAGACAGGGCUGUGGAAAUUAUUAAAGAAAAUGUGAAAGACAAAGGUUUAUGGGGCGUAGUUAACAAUGCUGGAAUAUCAACAUUUGGAGAAGUGGAAUUCACCAGUAUGGACACUUAUAAAGAAGUAGCUGAAGUGAACCUUUGGGGCACACGUUAGAGUUACCAAGGCAUGUCUCCCUCUCAUCCGCAGAGCUAAAGGUCGUGUGGUGAAUGUUAGCAGCAUGUUGGGACGCAUGGCAAAUCCAGCUCGUUCCCCCUAUUGUAUCACCAAGUUUGGGGUAGAAGCGUUUUCUGAUUGCCUGCGCUAUGAGAUGCACCCAAUGGGAGUGAAAGUCAGUGUGGUUGAACCUGGAAAUUUCAUUGCAGCCACAAGCCUGUACAGUCCAGAAAAGAUCAAAGCUAUUGCUGAUAAGAUGUGGGCUGAUUUACCUGAAAUUGUGAAGAAUGAUUAUGGGAGAAAAUACUUUGAUGAGAAGAUCGCCAGAAUGCACACAUAUUGUAAUAGUGGCUCAACGGAUACGUCGCCUGUCAUUGACGUUAUCACCCAUGCUCUAAGUGCUACGACUCCUUACACUCGCUACCACCCGAUGGAUUAUUACUGGUGGCUUAGAAUGCAGGUCAUGACCCACCUGCCUGGUGCUAUAUCUGAUAGAAUUUAUAUUCAUUAG